CUUUUCUGGAUCCUCACCAUCCUCAGCCUCAAGUUCGUCUUCGAGAUGCUGCUGUGCCAGAAGCUGGUGGAGCACACCCGGGAGCUCUGGUAUGGGCUCAUCAUGUCGCCCGUCUUCAUCCUCCUCCAGCUGCUCAUGAUCCGAGCCUGCCGGGUGAACUGA